AUGGCCGAGAAGCGGAGGGGCUCGCCGUGCAGCAUGCUAAGCCUUAAGGCGCACGCCUUUUCGGUGGAGGCACUGAUCGGCGCCGAGAAGCAGCAACAGCUUCAGAAGAAGCGGCGAAAGCUGGGCGCUGAGGAGGCGGCCGGGGCCUUAGAUGACGGAGGCUGCAGCCGCGGCGGCGGCGCCGGCGAAAAGGGCUCCUCCGAGGGAGAUGAAGGCUCUGCGCUCCCGCCGCCGGCUGGGGCGGCUUCCGGGCCCACCCGGAGUUGCGCAGACCUGGAGCGGAGCUGCGGCUCCCGGGGAGCCGCGGGCGGCUGUGAGGAUGGCUUCCUGCAGGGCGCUUCCCCGCUGGCAUCCCCAGGAGGCUCCCCGAAGGGGUCCCCGGCGCCCGCCCUGGCCCGGUCCGGGACCCCGCUGCCCUCGCCGCAGGCCCCGCGGGUGGAUCUUCAAGGAGCUGAGCUCUGGAAGCGCUUUCACGAGAUCGGCACGGAGAUGAUCAUCACCAAGGCGGGCAGGCGCAUGUUUCCAGCAAUGAGAGUGAAGAUCUCAGGAUUAGAUCCUCACCAGCAGUAUUAUAUUGCCAUGGAUAUUGUGCCAGUGGACAACAAAAGAUACAGGUAUGUUUAUCACAGCUCUAAAUGGAUGGUGGCAGGCAAUGCCGACUCCCCUGUGCCAGCCCGCGUGUACAUUCAUCCGGACUCACCUGCCUCAGGGGAGACUUGGAUGAGACAAGUGAUCAGUUUCGACAAGCUGAAGCUCACCAACAACGAGCUGGAUGACCAAGGCCACAUUAUACUUCAUUCUAUGCACAAAUACCAACCGCGAGUCCACAUUAUCCGUAAAGACUGUGGGGACGAUCUUUCUCCCAUCAAGCCUGUUCCAUCUGGAGAGGGAGUGAAGGCAUUUUCCUUUCCAGAAACUGUUUUUACCACUGUCACCGCCUAUCAGAACCAGCAGAUUACUCGCCUAAAGAUAGAUAGGAAUCCCUUUGCCAAAGGCUUCCGAGACUCCGGGCGUAAUAGAAUGGGUUUGGAAGCCCUUGUGGAGUCAUAUGCAUUCUGGAGACCUUCACUACGGACCCUCACCUUUGAAGAUAUCCCUGGAAUUCCCAAGCAAGGAAAUACAGGUUCCUCUACCUUACUCCAAGGUUCUGGGAAUGGCGUUGCGGCCACCCACCCUCAUCUUUUGUCCGGCUCCCCUUGCUCAUCUCCUGCCUUCCAUCUGGGACCCAACACCAGCCAACUGUGUGGUCUGGCCCCAGCUGACUAUUCCGCCUGUGCCCGCUCUGGCCUCACCCUCAACCGAUACAGCACAUCCUUGGCUGAGACCUACAACAGGCUCACCAACCAGACAGGGGAGACCUUCGCCCCUCCCAGGACUCCCUCCUACGUGGGCGUCAGCAGCAGCGCCUCGGUGAACAUGUCCAUGGGCGGCACGGAUGGGGACACCUUCAGCUGCCCACAGACCAGCUUGUCCAUGCAGAUUUCAGGGAUGUCUCCCCAGCUCCAGUACAUCAUGCCUUCACCCCCCAGCAACGCCUUUGCUGCUAACCAGACCCACCAGGGUUCCUACAACACGUUCAGAUUACACAGCCCCUGUGCCUUGUAUGGGUAUAACUUCUCCACAUCCCCUAAACUGGCUGCCAGUCCUGAGAAAAUUGUUUCUUCCCAAGGAAGUUUCUUGGGGUCCUCACCAAGUGGGACCAUGACGGAUCGGCAGAUGUUGCCCCCCGUGGAAGGCGUGCACCUGCUUAGCAGUGGGGGUCAGCAGAGUUUCUUUGACUCUAGGACCCUAGGAAGCCUAACUCUCUCAUCAUCUCAAGUAUCUGCACAUAUGGUCUGA